GUUUUUGGUGUUGUUGAGGCAGCAGUAAUCAUAAGGUGUAAAGGUGCAGUGUUCUUAUUAAAUUGAAUACGGUAACCAGUUUUGCUGUACUUCCCCUGCAGUUGGCGAGAAGGUAGAAUUACGUCAUACUCCGUCGAAACAAAGCCGCUUCGGUCCUUUCAGCACCGCUGUCAGAGAGGGGACAGCUCCGUCUUUGAAACGGAUUGAUUGAGAAUUGGAGUCGUGGAGAAAAAGAGGACAGUAAAGGGAAAUAAACUGUUGUGAAUCUGAAGACUCGAGGAAAACGAGUGAAAACCAAAUGUGCGUCUCCAGUCUCGAAUGAAAAACGUUUUGAAUUGAACUGUGGAAAGGAAAUUGAAUAUUUUAAGUGUUAACUUUGAUUUACCGCUUCCUUACAGUUUAGGUAGAGCGUUACUUAAAAUAUAGCAUGGAUGGAUGCAAAAAAGGACCGAGCAUAAGGACAACAUUCUUUUAAAAUAAAAAGUGAAAGAAAAACGAAUUGAUCAUGGAUCCAACACCAGAGUAUUCUCUCUUCCUGGUCAGGAUUCUGGAAGAGCUAGACACCAAACAAAGCAGUGUUUCUUACCAGGAUCUGUGUAAAUCUCUCUGUGCCAGAUUUGACUUGGCUCACCUAGCCAAGCUCAGGAGUCUACUCUUCUAUACUGCCUGUCUGGAUCCCAGUUUCCCUGCUACCCUCUUCAAAGACAAGAUGAGGUGUUCAAUGGAUGACCAGCAGUCCAAAAAAAUAAUGGUGGCCGCAGACAUAGUGACUAUGUUCAACUUAAUCCAAAUGAAUGGUGGGGCAGCCAAAGAAAAAUUGCCCAUUGGGCAACGGCCCAAGUUUCAUAAAAAUCAAUCUUUUGAAUCUUGUCGAUCAGACACUGAUGUAUGCAAGUAUUCUGACUGUGAACGAGCUUAUGACCUCUCAGAUGCGAGAGGGCAUUCUGCAACACGGACCUCACCCUGUCCCAAAGCUGAAUGCAACAGCACUCAGCAUUUCAUCCCGACUUCUGAUCCAAAUUUCUUGCUGGGAGUUAAUAAGGAAAUGAAAUGCAGGGCUGCUUCCCUUGACAAGCUCCAGCUUCUGCCUCAGUAUUCCAGCGGCAGUCCUCCACCUUGUGAAAUGCAGAGCACCUACUUUCCUAUGGAUAUAGAUAGUGAAUCAACAACGGAUCAGGAAUCCUUGCAUAUGAAUUCAGGGAUAAAAGAGACUUUCAUGUCUAAUUCAGAACCUUUUACAGUACACUCCUGUGUGCAGAAAAGGAACAUUUUCAAGGAGGAUUUCCACAAUCUUGCGGCUUUCACUCCUCAAGUAAUUACCACAGAUUCCAAGCCGAGUGGUAAAGUAACUGGAGGCUACCACAGGAAGGAGUCUCAUAAGCCUGCUACCUUCUUUAACCACAGUUUUGAGCUACCGUACAAUAACCCGUACUUUGAGCCAAUAGCUUCUCCUCCUCAAGAAAAAAGACGCGUAAAGCAUGAAAGUUUAGAUGAUCUUCAGGCAUCCACUUACUUCGGACCAACGACGGUAACAGAAAAUAUCAAUACCAGAAGGUCUUCAGGGAAACAAGGCAAACAGUCAGCAUGGCCUGUGAAAAGCCUGAGCCUGAAUACGGAGGAAGGACCCGAUUUUGAAAGGUCCUUUUUAAAUGGCAAGCAGCCCAAGGACAAUCAUCGCCAUAAUGUUAGCAACAAGGACAAAGACCAGCAUUAUCAGUGCUCCAAAGAACAGUCAGUUAUCUCACCUUCAGGGUUUGCCAUUAAAUCAAAUGGGCCAAAAACAAAAGAGGCCAGCUCAAUGUCAAGUGGCCCUGGUUUGGAUAAAAGAGAAGGCAUGAAAAGGUUUAAAGACAAAAGUAUUAACUGCACAUCUUUCCAAGCUGCAAAUGUAGACAACACACUGAGCGUGGGGACUCAAACAGACCAGUCAGAGCAGAGAAAACUAAAGGACUUUGCCAGUGCCAGUCACACAAAAUACAGUGAAAGGCAUUCCUUUAAACACUCUGAUGAGGACUCUGAAAUAGUCAGUGAUGACAUCAGUGACAUUUUUCGAUUCUUGGAUGACAUGAGUAUCUGUGGAUCCAGUGGAGUCAUACAAUCAUCAUGCUACAAUAGCAAUGGGUCCUUGUCUCAUUUGACAAAAUCAGAUGGAGAUAGUUCACCUGAGCAUAACACAGUGAAAUCAAACAAGACCGGCAGCAAGUUGGACAAAUUGUUUCACUCUUUAGAAAACACAGAUGAUGAGCUUAAGGUCAGCGUCUGUAAACUGGUCCUAAGGAUAGGUGAGAUUGAGAAAAAACUUGAAACCCUCUCUGGUGUACGAGAUGAAAUCUCUCAAGUCCUUGCAAAGCUGAACAAGUUGGAUGAAAAGAUUCAAGAACCAGAAGCAAACAGUAGACCAAAUGAGAUGGAUGUGGCCAGCGAGGAGCAUUCAGAUGGAAGCAUCUCACCAAGGGUCUUCCAGUGUCACACCACUGGGCAUGCCGUCAAACUAGACAAUAACCCCGAGUGGUGCUGCUCAGAAGCCAGUGGGAGUAAUAGUGAAAGUCUGAGGGUCAAAGCCUUGAAAAAGAGUCUUUUCAUCAGGAGGUCAUCCAGGUCUUUAACAGAAGAAAACAGUGCCACUGAAUCCAAAAUUGCCAGCAUCUCCAAUUCUCCCAGAGACUGGAGAGCUGUCUCUUAUUCCAGUCACCCUGGGGAGGAAAUAAAGGAAAAAGAUAGAGACAGCAAAGAAAGACACAGAAAAUCCAAAGAGGCAGACCGGCAGUAUGAAAUUCCCCAGGCACACCGGACUUCAAAGCAACCAAAAGAUUCCUACUUGAUAGAGCAAGUCUUCAGCCCUCACCCUUUCCCAGUGUCUGGAAAAGCACACAUGAAGAGCAACCCCCUGUACACAGAUAUGAGGCUGACUGAGAUGUCUGAGGCAAAGCGGCCUCAACCCUCCUGGACGAUAGAGGAAUACAAACGAAACUCAGGAGACAAAGGGAAGCUUGCGGCUUUGGACCUGCAAACUCAAGAGUCCUUAAACCCCAAUAAUUUAGAAUAUUGGAUGGAGGACAUUUAUACUCCCGGAUAUGAUUCUCUCCUGAAACGCCGGGAGGCAAAGUUCAGGAGAGCAAAGGUUUGUAAGAUAGGUGCACUGAUUGCAGCAGCAGCCUGCACGGUCAUCUUGGUCAUUGUUGUCCCUAUUUGCACUAUGAAAUCCUAAAAAUAUUUAAAGUUGUCAUAUUUUAUACAGCUGUAAUGUAACCCUUCAGCUACUUUGUCUUAAAUUAUAUAUACAGUAUAAAUAAUAUUUAUUAUAGUAUG